GUGGCAGGUGAGAUGAUGGUGGAUGAGAAGGGAAGGUGUGGGAGGUGCAGGGAGUGGCAGGAGCACUACUACUGGGAGCACAUGGAGGAUGUGAGCAAGAUCAGCUUCUUCAAGCUCAUGACAGGAGAUUUUCAGCAGCGGAUUAGCAUACCAGAGAAGAUUGCCAACAAUUUCAUCGGGAAGAUCUCCACUGGAGGAUUCACCCUCAAAGCACCAAGCGGCGAGGAAUGGCGCGUUGGUGGCGAAAAGAUUGCUGAUGAGCUGUUCUUCAUGCCAGGAUGGGAGGAAUUUGCCAAGGCUCACGAACUGCAGGAGAACGACCUCCUGCUCUUCAAAUGCAGUGGCAAUGGCUCCUUUGAUGUACUCAUAUUUGACCCUAGCGGCUGCGAGAAGGUUUCAUGUUUCUUUGCCAAUAAAAAGGGUACCAGUAUGCACAAACAGUUCACCAACAUUGUGGGUCAACAAGGUGAAGAACAUUGCAUGUUGAGCGAUUCGGAAGAAGCUAGCAUGCCGCUGUCGGAGCCGGUUGGGCGUCCUCACAAGGCCUCUACUUCAAAGAAACCAAGUAAGCAAAGUCAAUACAAGUUUGCAGCAUCUCCUCACAGCUUGCUCUUGUGUGGCAUUGACGAUACUGAAUCUCCAAAGAACAACAACUAUUUUCUUAAGAACGAGGCGGUGGAGGAAGAAGAGGAAAGUGAUGACCACCACACUGAAUCCGACUACUACUACUACUCAAGGUUUGCGAAUUGCCUGACUGAAGAUGAACGAGAGGAAAUAUUCGGGCUGAUCGUCCCCAGCAAAUUUGCAGCUGAUCAUCUCGAGGGUAGAUCACAUGAGAUGCUGCUUCUCAGGCCCAACAGAAAAGAGAAAUGGUAUCUGAAGUACUACCACGGGAGCGUCACCCGAGGCUUCAACUGCCGGCGCUGGAGCAAGUUUGUUCGUGACAAUAGGCUGCGCGAGGGCUACGUCUGCGUCUUCGAGCUGAUGAAAGGCGCGAGGAAGGCGACGAUGACCGUUCACGUCCUUCGCAAGGCAGAUGGCAAGUUUGUUCUACUGGGCUGA